AUGGCCAACUGGAGAGAUCGCGGCUACGUGCCGGACUCUGAUGAGGAGGAGGAAGACGAAGAGCAGGAUUUCCAGGCUGUGCUCGAUCGUGGAAGUACGCUGACCUUUGAGACCGGUUCGGCCAGCCAUCGGUCUCAGACCGGAGGAUUGGUUGAGAAAGGUCAAUCUUCAGCUGUCAACGCCUCUGUCAGUGAUGGGAAGCAAGAAAACGGGAUUAACAAUACAGCAUUCAAAAAUGGUCAGCCGAGCAGCCGGGAUGGCCCUUCCCAACUUCAAGGCUUACACAAGGGCCCUUCAGACUCCAACCCAGCUGAAUCCAGGAUCCAUGAUGCCACUGAAGCUUCGGUGCUGCCGCACUUGCCUACCAGCCCUUUGGGCUCGACAGCUGGUAGGCUUGAAGCCGAACUCCAGAAAGGAUUGCAGACCGUCCAGGAUAUUCUGGGUCCCUUUCCCAAUGGAGGCGAAGGUGAUACUGACAGCCCGCUUUCGUCUCUUCCUUCAUCAGUCGAAAGCUCUCCUCGUACAGCAUUCGUCGCUCGGUCAAACGCCACCACUGAUGGACCCGAACGGACUGCAGAACCGAGUACCCUUGGAUUGGCCGUGGAGAUACCCGCGCAGCCUACGAGAAGAUCUUUCCGACCUCGAGCCCCGAUCCAAGUGCACCCUUACGCGCUCGAAGACGCUAGAUACCGACAGACUCUGAAGGCCAGGGGCCUGAAGCCUGUCCUGCUGCAGCAAAUUGCUCCCCAGCCGCAUAACGUCUCGGGGGAGGAUUCUCAAGGGGCCGACACGUAUGGAAGCAGUCAAGCGAAGAAUUCGGAUUCCCAAAGCCGGCCCUCGAGCCCAGUAUCACAGGUUAACGAAGACGAGUCGCAAAGUCCGAUCCGUGGGACGCGCAUGCACACCGCUGGUCCUGGAAUCUCGUUCGGCGACGAUCUUCCGGACUUGUCGGACAUUCUCAAUGGUCGUGUAACUCAGUCCCUGCCCAGCAUUACGAAGAAGUUAUGGGAGGCAAGGAAAUAUCAUGGGACCUCACCUGAGGAUGAUUCUCGUGUAUAUGACCUCCCCGAAGAUGAGCCGGUUCCUCGAAAACUGCUUCGAAAGAAAAGUCCGCGCUUUCAGAUCCCGCCCUCUCCUCCUCGCUCACGCGGCACCUUAUCCUCACCAGAUGGUGUGCUUCCUGACCUUGAGGACUUCCUCCGCGGUGACACGACCCCGGCACUUCUUCCAACCCCAUUGCUGUCAUCUAACAAGCAUGGCAUGAAGCGAGCACAUAUAGAAGCUCUUAGCUCCUCGGAUUCGGAGCAGGUUGUUAUCAGCGACGACUCCUCGACAAGUCCAAGUGCAACAGAAAGCUCUGACGAUGGAUCUCGGGGUAUCCAACAGAUCCGUAGAAAGAUGAAGGGCGUCCUACCGGCCUCCUGGCUAAAGCUCGAUUCCACGCAGAAGGCGAAGAACCAUAUACCCCGCCAUCAGGCACGAUCUCCGGUGAAGUCGUCUUUGGAGAAGGGUAUUGCGCAACACGUAUUAUCCUCCACGACAAGAAGGAACCUCGACUCAAACGGUCGCUCUGCACAUUCGGAUACCAGGAUGUUCGUGGCAUCUGAGGCUGACUCUGAUGAACCGGGUGUUUCGCUAACCGGCAACGACUUCGACGGUGAUGUCCAGAUGUGGUUAGAGGACGAUGUUGUUGAGGAUGACAGCAUUGAUGCGAUGCUUGCUCCGAGGACUCGGACGACUCGGACGACUCCAUUGAAAGGGAGACAACGAGGAGCCAAAGACGAUACUGGAAACCCAUCCGCUCCUCGGCCUGGGCGAAGGAAAAUUAAAUCCCACCACAGCCUGGGGGCCUCAGCAGGAGUCGCUUUCAAGAAUGUCUCCCGGCCCAAGAAGAGGUUGAAGAAGAAGCAUCAGAAGCCGAAGAUAACCGUACUGGAUGCACCUGGUUUUCAGGACAAAGAUGUCCCCCGAUUUCUGAGGAUUGCACGAAGGCGAGGAGGACGUUCCGGGCAGACUAAAGCACAAGACCCGUCCAAGAAGUUUUUAAGACUGGCUACGACAGAGGAUACUUUGGAUGUGAACAAAGAGUUGGGUCGCUGGAGGAAUCACCGGAUGACAACAGGCCUUGUCAAUGACCGGGACGCAGAAGGCACAAGGCGCAGCCCCUUAGAAUCUCAGCCGCGCCCUAGUGAUGGCGCAAGCAAUGGCUCUAUUGACAUUGCUGUGAACGGGACUUCACCUGAGCUCGCUCACCUGAAGCAGACCACUGAAGCCACCCUUCAACGGAUCCAAGUUCAGCAGACUCGGCCUCGAUCUUUGCAACCAGAUCUUCAAUUGACGCCUCUAAGUCGUCCGACCAAUCUCGUGGAGUAUUUUCAGCCUCGACGACCACGAACCAGCCAUACUCGAUCAGAUCGACAAGUUGGAAGUGCCACAGGAAAAUCCGAACGGAGCAAGGUACCGUCACUCGUGAGACGCGUACCUCGACCGCCCUCAGUGAGAGGAGAGACAUGUGGAAAGCAUCUCAUAGAGCAUCCCACCAUCUCGGCGACUUCAGAUCGGCAGACAAAUCGUCGGGCUCCAAGAAAGAGAGCUCCAAGAGCGCUUGAUCUACGCACCGACGAUAAGGUUCGUCGCGACAUUAUUCCCAGCCCUCUGGCGGACGAACCUGAAGAUCUGGACCUCGAUAGCACAAUGGACAUCGUGUCACAGGCUAUAAGAAAUCCACCGGGUACAGCACCUCUGCAGAAUGGGCAGGCUCUACAGAGCACAAUACUCAGACAUGGUGGCUUUCAAAUCUUGACGGCGACGCUGGACUCCACUGUUCUCUUCGAAACGUCCAGAAGCAGCACUCCUAUCACAACUCCCAGAUCUGGACGCACGCUACCAGCCUCUGCCUGGUCCGAAGAUGUUGACUCAAUAAUUGGCGAAGUUUUCGUUGAAACAGCUCUCAUCCUUUGCAGUGACGCAGGCGCGACCAGCAUCGAUACAGAUGAGUACGCAGUUCUUCUGACCAAAUGUGCGGAAUCAGUCGAAAGUAUCAUCGAUUACAUCAACAAGAGUGUGUCGUUUACCGGAGCCCGUUCUUUCAAUGCCUUCGUGGCUUCUAUUCUUGAUGGAAUUGACGAACUCCGGCGCGCGAUUCAAUUUAAUGAUACGCCCAAAACUCAACGACACGUUGCAGGAACGCUGGCCGUUCUGAACCGAUUGAUGGUCCUCUCACAGCAAAUUGCCAUCAUCAUCAAAGGUACCGCACUUGAAGGCGUUUUCAGGUCUCAGAUGCUAGAAAACAAUUCGAUGUUGGCAAAUCUCGCAUGGUCUUUAGCCUUGAGGGAGGAAAACACUGAUUGUCUUUUCUCCCACAUCGCGAGACAAUCUCGACGUCCUUUUGUCGCCAAUGCAAUGCAUUCUGACAUCCUGACGGCUGCAAUUGACACCAUCCUCCUUAUAUUUCAGUUUCAUCCUGGUCAUUCGUGGAUUUCCAACCUGAAAGAUCUGCUGUCGAAGCACUUGGGUGGUGAAAAUGGUGAAGCCCACCCCGCGGAAAUGCUUGCAUAUACGAUUCUCAUUCUCGGAUGCAUUUAUUCUGUCGUUGGCACCAACGAGCAGAUCGCAGGAGCCUCAGAAGGCUCGGGCACUUUAGCACAUCCUGGGUUUUCUGUGCUUCCCACCGCAAUGACAGAUUUCCUCAAGUUCUUCGCCCAAGAGACUGUCCGGAGGUCGUCAAACAGAACGAAGGAUGCUCGGAUGGGAAAGUUGAAGCAAUUUGGCCUUGUUGCGUUUCAGUGGUGUCUUGUUCUUGCACGGAGUUCGGAGGAAGACGUUGCCAACAACCUAUUGAAGCAGAUGUUCAAGCAGUACUCCGACAAAUCCAACAACAUGCUUGACUUCUUCUCGCACACUACGAUCAAGGUACCUAGCUUUCUUGACCGCCAGGUGGGCGCUUCAGAACUAGUGCCCGAGCCUGGCGAUACAGACUUUCACCUUUUCCUCAAGCUCACGGCUUUCACGCUUGCCACACAGCCCAGUGUUGGCUCCCAGGACAGCGAGAAGUUGAGGAAACUCAAACUGCGCAAAUUGUCCCUGGUGUUCAGUCUACUACCGAAUAACGGUCGCGAGGCCGGAGAUGACAAACCGAUGCUGAUCGAAGAAUCCAACCCACUGACAAUUCAAGACCUUGGAGCGGUGGCAAACCGAUAUCUUCUAUUUUCCACUCUCUACCACUAUGCACCGGUCGGUGUCAAACCGGAGAUAUCGAAGGUCAGAGACUUGGUCGAAUUCGGCAAUGCUCAUGACGCUGUACGCACGCUCUCUCUUCGAUGUUGGUCCAGCACCGUCAGAUCCACCCUUCUGCUACCCGCAAAUGAAUCAGAACUUCAUGAGCUGGCUGUGUGGAUUCAAGACAUGAUUUUCAAGAUCAGUGACAAGCUGAGAACGAUCCCGCUUCGUAAUAAGGACAAACUAGAUCACAACAACAUCCAUUGGUACAACGUCAGUGUGCAUCAGAUCAACCUGGACACUGCCAUAUCGCAGUUCAACAAAAUAGCAAAGGCAUAUAUGGAGGCUAUUGGUCUCUGCUACAGCGAGUCCCAAGCGCAAUGCCUCUUGACAGGCGAUCGUUUCUCCGACAUGAUCUCCUUGUGUCACCAACGGGAGGUGAUUGAUGACCGAGCGAUCAGUGGCAUCUUCGACGUGCUCACAGCAUACCUAAGGAAGUCCUCAGCCGCCCCAGUGGACACAUUGAAAAAGCUUCGAGGUGAAGUACGAGACAUCCUGUUCAAGCACUUGAGCCGUUAUCUGCCUCUUGACGACGUGCUGCUAGUGUCGAUGGUAGAGACCUGGUACACGAUCGCGAGCAUCUUGAUUGAAAGAGGAAACAACAGCUGGGAUGAUUACUGGUCCAGAUGGGGUGUUCUUACGAUCCAUCGAUUCAGUGAUAUCACCAACUCAGCCAGAGACUAUCGUGUGCUUAUGACCAGCAAGAUUGCUUCUCAUCGGGCCUUCGUGGAGUCUCACAUACAUGAAUUUCUUAAAACCUGGUUGUCGGCGAUCUUGGUGCCAGAGAAUGAACUCGGUUUCGACCAUCUACUGACGAAUACGAUUGUGAACACGUUCCCCGACGUUCUUGCCCUCGGAGGUCUGCGCAGAAAAAUUGCGGAUGAUGCACCAAAUCUCAAUCUCACUGACGAAGACUUGAUCGCCCAUCGCUUGGAAAUUGUUCGCUAUAUGAUUCGGAGUAUUUACUAUCUUCAAACCACGAACAAGCAGCUCUCCUGUGUUGAGGAGCUCACCAAGGCGCAUGCAGACGGUCUGCUCGAGACCAUUGCUGCUGCAAUGAAAGAAACUUGGACGCGGACUGAAGGGGCGGCAAGAGAGGCGUGGACAGAUUUCAUCCAUGCGGUUGUGUUCGAGCUCAGCCGAUAUCCAUUCCCGACCUUCAGGAUAGACCCGUGGUUUCUAGAUCCGGAAGAUCGACAACUUCAGGAAAAGGCUCUCCAUUUGGAAUGGUUGUUUGUUCGCCACGCCGAGGAGCCUGCUCAUAUCGAUGAUGAGUACGCUGUCCGAACCUUCCGUGUUGCCUGCGAACUGGCUGCAGUCCACGGCACAAAGGCAGAGUUGAUUGAACGUGUUGCCAACACGUUGUCGGCAAGCGAUCCCGACUAUGUCGACGGUGAAGGCAGGUUCAUGCUCGACAUCCCGGCCCAACUUCGUUUUAUCAAGGCGGUGUUUCCGGUUUACAUGGAUCGGUCGGUGAUGCACGACCAUAAGCCCAGUGUUAUCUUGGGCCCCAUGGUGAUGGCUAUAGCCACAGAAGUGUGCCAGAGGCUCGAAACUCGUGUCGACCUUGAAUGCCAGCAGCACAUGGAGCAGUUCCUUGAGACAAUGGUGGUUGUAUUGAAUGCGGCGGUCAGGGCACUACAGUCCACGCUCUGCGACUUCACCAGCGCGCGUAGCCAUGAAGUCAAAGCCCUGGCCGAUUUUGUCUGCCUCUGCGCGAGUGUUUGCAGCCGUUGGGCACACCUUCACCUCCUCUUUCCAAACUCUGCUGCGAUCCUUGCACUACAACCGUUCGUGCAGACAUACGGGUUGUACGUCUACGAGUAUGCCUGUUCUGCCCUCGGUUUGCCUUGCGUUCCAACGGACUCAAUCUUCUGGGCAGCAUAUCCGGACAGGCGGAUGAGAUCCGCGAAAGACUUUGGCUUCUACUUGACCGAUCUAGAGCCUUCCGAUUUCGAAGACAUCGCCGCCCUCAGAAAGGUUGCCAAAACGGACCUCGUCAACUCGUUCGCGGAGCGAUGGUCUCGUCGAAACGUUCUCCGUCCUGGGUCAGUGUGGAGUUACAAGAGGGCAGAGACUUUCGAGUCUCUGAUAGAGCCAGUAGCGCAGACAUUGGAGGAGGCGGAGCAGAAUGCUAAGUUGGCUGUGGAAGAACUGGUGCGGGCGCUAGAGCUGCUGGGCGUCAAAUAG